AGAAAUAUCUAGCAAUUUUGAUUUUGGAAGUGAAAGUGAAGAUGCCAGGACUCACUAUUGGAGACACAAUCCCCAACAUUGAAGCUGAAAGCACCCAUGGAAAGAUCAUUCUCCAUGACUACAUUGGCGAUGCUUGGGCUAUUAUCUUCUCUCAUCCUGGUGACUUCACGCCCGUAUGCACAACGGAGCUGGGUAAGAUGGCGGAGUAUUCAGGGGAAUUUGCAAAGAGAGGAGUGAAGCUUGUUGGCUUGUCCUGCGAUGAUGUCCAUUCUCAUAAGGAGUGGAUCAAGGAUAUCGAAGAAUACACCAGCGGUUGCAAAGUGAACUACCCAAUCAUGGCCGACCCCAACAGGGAGAUCAUAAAGCAGCUCAACAUGGUGGACCCUGACGAGAAGGACUCGUCAGGAAACCAACUGCCGUCGCGGGCCCUACACAUUGUGGCGCCAGACAAGAGGGUGAAGCUGAGCUUCCUAUACCCGGCCAGCACGGGGCGCAACAUGGACGAGGUGCUAAGGGUGCUGAACUCCCUCCACAAGGCUGCCAACUACAAGGUCGCCACCCCGGCCAACUGGAAGCCAGGCAAUCGUGUCGUCAUCUCCCCCAACGUCUCUUCCGACGACGCUAAGCGAAUGUUCCCCGGUGGAUUCGAAACCGUCGACCUCCCGUCCAAGAAGGAGUAUCUGCGUUUCACCAACGUGCAGUGAGCUUGAAAUAAUUAUGUGUCACAUACUUGUAUGAAAAUGCAGUACCAUAUUAUAUACAGAUGUAAUGUACCAAGUAUAAUAAUGUUGUAGUUUGUACUACAACCUGUUUGUACAUAUUUUGUAGAAAACGCUCUUGUGCU